AACGAUCCUAUACAUGGACAUAUCGAGAUGCAUCCAUUGUGUUGUUCUAUUAUGAACACGUUUCAGUUCCAGCGCUUACGACUGAUCAAACAGCUUGAUUUCUGCUACUUCGUUUAUCCAGGAGCUUCCCACAACCGUUUUGAACAUUCUAUUGGAGUAUCGCAUCUUGCUGGUAAGUUAGCAAGAGUACUGCAUCGGAACCAGCCAGAUUUGAACAUAACUUACCAAGACGUACUGUGUGUUGAGAUUGCAGGACUGUGUCAUGACCUAGGUCACGGUCCGUUUUCUCAUUUGUUUGAUGGAAAAUUCAUACCGAAGAUUGCGCCAAAAAAAAGGUGGUCACAUGAAGUUGCUUCUGUACAGAUGUUUGAUCACCUAAUCGAAAAAAACAAGUUGCGUAAGGAAUUUACUAGAUAUCGUUUGGAUGACACUGAUAUUACAUUCAUCAAGGAGCUAAUCUAUCCGCAAGGAAAGUAUGAGGGCCGGCCGGAAAAUAAGCGUUUUCUGUAUGAGAUCGUCGCCAACAAACGCAAUGGUAUUGACGUAGACAAAUGGGACUAUUUUGCGCGUGAUUGUCGCAUGCUUGGAAUUUCAAACGGCUUUGAUCAUAAUCGCUUCAUGAAGUUUGUAAGAGUAAUAGAGGUAGAUGGAGAGUAUCAGCUAUGCAUAAGGAAUAAGAUGGCUCGAGAUGUGUCUGAGAUGUUCCACACAAGAGAUAUUAUUUUCUGGAGGGCCUGCCAACACAAGGUUAAGAACAUCAUUGCAUCAAUGUAA